GACUACUUCGGCGUGUGUGUAUGUAUGAGUGUGUGAUCAUGCUCAGCGUCUGAACUUUAAUUCGCAGCAGAUGACCACUUGGGGGAUGUAGGCUUUACUGGGGAGGUGGCUGUUUCCUCGGACAGCAUCAGAGCGCAUUGGACAAAUUCAUCUCCUCUGUAGAUGAUGCUGCUCAGUGAUGGCGCUGUGCGCUUGAAAUGUACACUUUAUAGAGCAACAAGUGAAAUAUGGAAGAGUCCAGCGUGACAGAGGAGAGGGGCGACUGCACCUGAACAACAAAAAGCGAAUGCCGCUUCGGCUGUGCCAGCCGCGCUGUGGGAAUGGAUACCAGCAAUUUCCUGGCGGGGAUAUGCUUUUUCUUGCUCUCGCUUAAUGGGUUUAUAUCUUCCUCUCUGGCGAUGGGCUUUUGUCCCACCCGCUGCGACUGUCAGCAUUCGCAGCACCUCAUGUGCACCAACCGCGGGUUGCGCACUGUGCCCAAGCUCGCCGCGCUGAUCCCCGAGGAUGUGCGGAUUUUCAGCCUUGGGGGCAACUUCAUCUCAAACAUCUCUGCCUUCGACUUCACACGGUACAGUAACCUUGAAAGGUUAAAUUUACAGUAUAAUCAAAUAAGAAUUAUUCACCCUAAAGCUUUUGAGAAACUCUCCACGUUAGAAGAGCUCUACUUGGGACAUAAUCUUUUAACAGCUAUACCCGCAGGAAGUUUACAGCCCCUGAAUAAAUUAACUAUUCUCUAUGGAAAUAACAAUGCAAUUAAGAAAAUUACACCGGAGCUCUUUUCCAACCUGGAUCAUCUUAUUAAAUUGCGCCUGGAUGGCAAUUCAAUAGAAGUUCUGGACGACUCUGUUUUUAAAAGUUUGAUCAAUCUACAUUAUCUUCAUCUGGAAUCCAACAAAGUGCAGCAUAUUCACAGAAACGCUUUCUCUAAACUAACCAACCUGCGCUUUCUAAACUUGGCCCACAACAUGCAGUCAGCCGUGCGCAAUGUCUUCACUUUUUCUCAACUCAGAGCUUUGACAACGUUGCUGCUGUCUGAAAAUGAAAUUCGAUAUAUCGGGAACCACGUCUUCCAAAACCUGAAAAAGCUAUCUAAGCUUUCCCUCAGCAACAACAAAAUCUCCCGUAUGGACAGCGGCGCUCUGAGGGGCCUGUCGAGCCUCACAGAGCUUCUGAUUGACGGCAACGAGCUGGUGGAAAUCCCCGCCGGCCUCCUCGACCCCCUGGAGCGCAUCGAAGAGAUGGACUUCAGCCGCAACCGGAUAUCCAACGUGGACUCUCUGGCUUUUUCAAGACUUAAAUACCUUAGGGUGUUGAAGCUGAAGAAUAACUUUCUCACCAGUCUGUCUGGGGACAUGUUUGCCCUCAACAACGCGCUUUACAACUUGGAUCUCCAAGGCAACAACUGGACUUGUGACUGUCGUCUGGAGGAUUUGAGAAAAUGGAUUGCUGCUGCACAUUCUCAGGGCAAAUUGUUGACCGUGUUUGUGCAGUGUCACUACCCAGCAACUCUGAGGGGCAAAUAUCUGGACUAUGUGAACAGCUCCCAGCUGCAGCCCCUAGGGAACUGGACCCAUUUGUGUAGGAGUCAAAUUGGGCCUGAGGAGAGUAGAGGAGGGGCAGUACUAGUGAAAGUGGGGGGCCCUGAGAGAGGAAUGGGAGCUGCAGAGAAGCCAGAAGGUGGAGAGAGGUCAGGUGAAGAUGGUCAGGUGGAGAAAGGUGUGAGAGAGACAGGAGAAGUGGAAGAAACAGGAAGUUUAAGACCAGGAAACAGGGGUGGAGUGAUGACAGGGAAAAAUGGAGAGAAAAGGAAAAAAGAGGGACAGGAAGAGAUGGGAAUCCAAGGAGAUCAAGGAGGUCCAGAGGUGGCAGAACCUCCUUCCUUCCUGGAAAGAAGGAAACCAAAGAAGCAGCCACGGCCUGCUGCAGAGGCCGCUGGGAAACGUGUUAAGGGCAGGCCGAGGUCAAAAGUUAUUCUCAAACCUAAUCCAUCAGCCACACCGAGUCAAGCAAGCACCAGGCUCACUACCACUGUUUCCAAUCGCUCAGGAGAACAGUUAGAUCUUCUCAGGUCAGAUCAGGAUGAUGCCCUACCUGUAAUCACAGACCCUUGUGUAUUCAACCGCCAUUUCAUCACUAAUGUGUCAGUGGAUCAAGUCACAUCUAGUACUGUCACUGUGUUUUGGACCACCAGGGAUCAUCACCGCUACACACCAGCCGGGCCAGGCCUUGACGAAGUCCACUACCGGGUUCUGUUUGACAGGUUUGGCACCCAAGAUCGUUUUCCCCGCUACGUUUACGCCCGUGGCGCGGCUCGCUCUGUAACCCUUCGAGAGCUCAGCUCGGACGUGACCUACAUGGUCUGUGUGGAGGGAGUAGUUGGAGGAUCCGUGUGUCAGGUCGCUCCCCGUGACCACUGCGCGGGGCUGGUCACCCUCCCUGAAGGAAACGGCGGCGGAGCCGUGCUGACCUCUGACCUUCAGCUGGUGACGGUGGCGACGCUGGCUGGGAACGCCGCGCUGCUGCUGGUCAUCGGCGUGGUCUCUGGGAGAAGUCUGAGGAGAAGGCUGCAGAGGAGGAAGUCAGCCGUGCACGUGCGCCACAUGUACUCCACCAGGCGACCGUUUCGUACCACGAUGGCCACAGCCUCCGUCUCCACUGACUUCACCAGCUACCAAAGCAGUCGGCCAGCGCGACUUGCACCGCUAGAGGAGGGGGACCUCAUCGAGUUCCCUUGCGACCGCUUUCUGGACAGCAGUAGUGUUCGCAGAGACAGUGAAAUGCAGAGAUUCUCUGACUAGAACCAUAAAAAACUCCAAAUUAGAAUGUUGACACUGAAAACAUGUGAAUUACUUCAUGUUUCUUCCUGUGAUUUAGCCUUGUGAAUACAAAGUCCUCUCAUCUGAUCUCAUGAGACACCAGAGGAAGUCCAAUCCCUCUGACUUUCCCCAUCCCACUUUGAGCCCUUCCUUUUAAUUUCCUUGUAUCUGUGACUGUUUCUACAUGUGUCAAUUGUUCUGAGUGUACACAAGUGAUGUACCACUGAUUUCAACUAUGGUGCUAAUAUUCAGUUUAUAGACAUCAUAUUGUCUCAUAUUUGUACAGUAUGCAAUGAUGGCUGCUGGGUGGCAGAAAAAAAAACUCCUGUUUGUACCACAUUUAUCGUGUUUUAUACUUUUAUAUGGAACUUUGUAUCAUUUUGCAUUACAUGACAAAGUAAAAUCCCCAACAAUGUGACUGAUGUCAUUUGAUUCUGCAUGUUAUAUCUGUGGUUACUAAGACCCAGACUGUAUACAAGACUGGAGAAGAUAGUAACAAUAGAACUUUAAAUAAGUGAGUGAGCUGCAUGCGUGUCAAGAUGAGGUCUGGUAAUAGUUAAGCAGUCCCUUUGUUUGAGUCUACAGGGUGGAGUGCCUCCUACAUUUAGUGCAAAUCACACACAGACACACACACACAUAUUCACAAUUGUCUGCACACAUACUGUUUUCACAUCAUCUGACGGUCGAGAUGUUAGACUUUAAACCUUCCUGAUUAGUGCCAGCUGACCUUAAAGGGACAGUUUGCCCCCAAAAUCAAAAUUGC